CCACAGCGGCCAAUAGUCAGGGGUGAUCCGAGUAGCCCAAUCAUGGGGGUAGCCCAACCACAGCUGAAGGGACAAAGUGGUACAGCCCUGCGCUAUGCGAUGCCAUCCCUAGUGAGCCAGUCAGGAAUGUGCACCGUGUGAUACGGAUCCACACCCUUUCACCUCAGAGCCCAACUGUCAACAGCAGAUCCUGGAACCUUCUGGCAUCCUUUGCCUGAUUGGCUCUCGCAAGGCCGCUCACCUUCCGAGUGUCUCAUUUCAAGAGGACACUGGGCUGGGUUGACUUCUCCUCUCCUCACCAGUACAGGAAGAGAGUCUAGCUGAACCUGGUUUCUGAUCCCUACCCAAGAAAGCAAGGAGAUGGGAAACUUCCAGGAGCUGACAGGGUCACUUGUCCUGAUAACCGUGAUUUCUUGCUUGGGAUCUUUGCAGUAUGGUUACAACUACUGGAUUCUCUACAGUCCAACUUUGAUAAAUGAAGAAUUGGACAACGUAACCCACCAAGGUAGCAGCAGGGCUAUAUACCCUCGCAGAUUUGCUCUGGAGCUCACCAUUGCUAUCUUCCCAACUGGAGGCCUCCUGGGGUCUCUUAUCUUUGCUUUCUUGGUUGAUACGUUUGGCAGGAAACGCACCAUGCUGCUAAAUGAUAUUUUUUCUAUAGUCUGUGCUUUCUUGUUGUGCUGGUUCAGAGUGAUAGAGUCUUUCCCAUUAUCCUUUGCUGCACGCUUGGCUGCUGGAAUAUGCACAGGCAUUUUGACAACUGUUGUUCCAAUGUACCUUGGAGAGAUUGCCCCUGUAAACCUGAGAGGAGCCAUUAUCGAAAUGUGCCUGUUCUUUAUGACUAUGGGUGUCGCUUUGGCUCAGGCUGUUAGUCUUCCUGAAUUCCUGGGGAUUGAAGAAGGUUCACCAAUCCUUGUCGGACUAACUGGGAUCGGGCCAUUAUUUCAGCUCUUCCUACUGCUCUUCCUCCCAGAAAGCCCAAGGUAUCUACUGAUUCAAAAGAAGCAGGAAAGGGAAGCAAAGCAAGUCUUGAAGAAGCUGAGAGGUUCACACUAUACGGAGGAUGAGAUCGAAGAGCUCUAUCAAGAGGACUACUGUGAGCAGGAAGAAAAGGGGAUGAGAGUUCAUAAGUUGCUGUGCUCUCGAGGCCUACGCUGGCCACUCCUCUGCUCCAUCAUUGUGAUAGUGGGCCAGCAGUUCUCUGGCGUCAAUGUGGUGUACUUUUAUACAGACAGCAUCUUCAAAUCUACAGGAAUAGGAGAUGAGAAUGUUGUGUACCUCAGUUUAGGAGCAACCUGUCUCACCAUGUUAGCACACCUAAUAGGGAUUUAUGGCGUUGAUGCUUGGGGACGGAGGAUUCUGCUUCUCUGUGGCUUUGGGAUCUGCAGCAUCUCUUGCAUUCUGUUAACCAUGACCCUUGAACUUGAGACCACCAUCUCGUGGAUGCCUUACAUGAGCACAAUUUUUGUCAUGAUCUUCAUUUUUGGACACUUCAUCGGGCCAAGUCCAGUUCCCAUCGUGUUGACAACAGAACUGUUCCUUCAGUCAUCCCGGUCCUCAGCCUAUGCGAUCGUUGGGUCUGUGCAUUGGUUCUGCAAUGGUUUUAUUGCGCUUGUGUUCCUUCAUUUACAGAGACAUCUUGGGCCCUAUAGCUUCCUCAUAUUCUUUCCUUUUAGCUCUGUCACUUUUUUCUAUAUCCUCAAGGCGCUUCCGGAAACCAAAAGAAAGACCUUUCUGUCUGUCAGGAAGCUUAUUGAAAUGCAUCUGGUCAAGAGUCUGGAAAAUGAACAAGAAGCCAACAAAGAAGCUAUGCAGGAGUGUACACCGCAGAGUGAUGGGAGGAGGGAGACUGCACCACGUGAGGGGAGGAGGGAGUCUGAUAGAAAGAAGCAUUCCUUGCCACGUGACAGGAGGAGGGAGUCUGGGCUGCGUGACGGGAGGAGGGAGUCUGGGCUGCGUGACCGGAGGACAGAGUCCGGGCCUCGUGAUGGGAGGAGGGAGUCUGGGCUGCGUGACGGGAGGAAGGAGUCUGAGCCGCGUGACGGGAGGAGGGAGUCUGAGCCGCAUGAUGGGAGGAGGGAGUCUGAGCCGCAUGAUGGGAGGAGGGAGUCUGAGCCGCGUGACGGGAGGAGGGAGUCUGAGCCGCGUGACGGGAGGAGGGAGUCUGGGCCGCGUGACGGGAGGAGGGAGUCUGAGCCGCAUGAUGGGAGGAGGGAGUCUGGGCCGCAUGACGGGAGGAGGGAGUCUGGGCCGCGUGACGGGAGGAGGGAGUCCUUCCUGCGUGACGGGAGGAGGGAGUCUGGGCUGCGUGAUGGGAGGAGGGAGUCCUUCCUGCGUGAUGGGAGGAGGGAGUCUGGGCCACAUGAUGGGAGGAGGGAGUCCUUGCCGCAUGAAAGGAUGUAAUAGAUGGUACUGAAGAUGCAAGGAUGCCAGCAACUUGAGUCUCCCAGGUGCAUCUUCUGAUGAAGUCUAGUAACUUCAGUUAUUUUGCUGCCAUUUGAUGGGGGAGGAGAAACUUCCGAUACAAUGAAAGUAUUGAAUCACAUCGUAUUAUGUGGUUCUUUUACUUGACAUUACUGGGGAGAUAAAGGCAUUGGGUCUUCUUCUGGUAACAUCUCAUUAAGCCCUAUUUUGUAAAGAGGGAGAGGUGAAACACUACCAGGGGCUGUUGACUUUCCCAACGUCUACAGUUUUUGUUUAGAGGGAACUAUGGCUCUUUUAGUUCUCUUCAAUUUCUGAUUCACUACCCCAAAAGAUAAACAAAUUGUAGGUAGACAUAAAAUUUUAAAAUAAAAAACAGAGGUCACAAUGAUA